AUGGACAAGAAUCAGGCUAAGCAUACUUUUAAUAGUUAUAUUUCUUUUCGUACUCAAGCAAAAGAAGAAUUAGCGGAAAUAGAAAAAAUUACUAAUUCUCAGGUGUGGCACCAAAAGGUCAAUUCCUCUUUUGAAAAACAUUCAAGGAAUCUUCUAAAUGCUCAAGGUCUUCUUAAUUCUUAUAACCUAAAUGGAGAAGUCAAUAUGAAUGAUUUUCAGGAUUAUAACAAAAAAAAUCAGCAAGAUAUCAAUCAAGACUUAGAUAAUUUUAAUCAAGGACUUAAUGACUAUGUGGAAAAUCAAAAGGAUAAUUCUCAACAACAACAAUUACUUUUUGAAAUCAUGCAAUUAGAACAAAAUUCUACUAAAAACCAAGCAGAACUAGACUCUAAAAAACAACAAUUAAAAGAGUUAGGAACUAAAUCUAAAGAACUAAUUAAACCUUUACCUUUAGAUACUCAAAUUACUAUCUUACAGAAAGAAAUCCAAGUUCUAACUAGUAAAUCUACUAAAACUAAGGCUGAAGAAGUAUUAUUAGCCGAUAAAAGGAAAGAAUUAAAUGAAUUAUUAAGUAAAAAAAAUAAUCUUUCUACUACUAAUGCUAAACCCACUGAUAAAACUGCUCUUUAUGUAGGAUUAGGUGUAAUUGGAGUAGUUUUAAUUGGUUUAGUGCUUAUUUUAAAAUACAAAAAACAGUAUAAAAAUAUGGUAAAUAAUGCACAAGAAUACAUAAAACAAAAAUAUCCUAAUAAAGAAGAAAGAAAAAACAUAACAAAGUUAAACAUAACGGGUAAAAAACUCAGAGGUGAAUUAGAUUUAAGUGAUUUUAUUAAUUUAAAGGAACUAUGUUGUUAUGAUAAUGAACUUACCAAAAUAAAACCAAGUGAUUCCAGCGAUUUAAAAGAAAUUGAAUUAUUGAUUAAAGAUAGAGCUGGCGUAUAUACCAUGCCAGGUGUUUCGUGGCAACUCAUAGAAGUUGAGAUUCUCCCUAUAGAUUUAAAUGAUAAUUUAAUAGUCAUUAUUAAUGAAGUAAACGUUAAUAAAAAGGUUCAUGAGAGAAAAAAAGAAAUUGUAGAACAGUUGAAAAAAUCAAUUCAACAAAGAGAAGAAUUGAUUGAGGUUGAAGAAAAAAUCAAAGAACAAACUCAACUCCUACAAAAAGUAGGUAUCUAUCCUAGAAAUAUUCUCUUAAUUGGUAACACAGGCAGCGGAAAGUCUACUUUAGCAAAUGUAAUAAGUGGAACAAAUAAUUUCAAAGAAAGUGCGGGUAGUGUCAGUGAAACGAGAAAUAAACAAAUUGAAGAGUUUAAAACAGAAGAUGGUGUUAGGUAUCGAGUGAUUGAUACUAUUGGUUUUGGUGAUACUAAGUUAACUAACAAGGAAGUAACGAAGAAAAUAGCAAAGACAGCUCAAUCUAUUAAAGAUGGGUUAAAUCAAAUUCUGUUUGUCACUAAAAGCAGAUUUACUAAGGAAGAUAGGAAAUUAUAUGAUUUUUUAAGAGAGGUUGUUUUUGAUAACGAUAUCACUAAACAUAUCACUAUUGUUCGAACUGACUUUAUUAAUUUUCAAACCGGCGAAUUUUGUAAAAAUAAUACUAGAGUAAUGAUUGAAGAGAGCAAAGAACUCUCUGAUUUAAUUAAAUCAUGUGAUAAAAGAAUAGUUUAUGUAGAUAAUCCGCCAAUAGAUAUUAGUGGAAAAGAAGUAGAAAAAAAGAUUAAUGAUAAUAAAAGAAUUCGUGAAGUGUCAAGAAAAAGAUUAUUGGAGCAUUUAGCAAAUUGCCAAGAAAUCUAUAAUCCGCAAAACUUAAAAAAAUUAACUUCUAAAAAUAGUAAGUUGCAAGAAAAAAUAACUGAACUAGAGGGAAGAUUAAAAAAUGAAGGAGAAAAUCAAGAAUUAUUAAAAAAAGAGAUUGAUUCUUUGCAAGAAAAAAUCAACAAGUCAACAUUAGAACACAUCGAAGAAAGCGGAGGUGGAAAAUGA